AUGGCUAUUAUUAAUGAAGACAAAAAGGUAUCCGCACAACUCCUUCCACCAUUUGGUCCGAACAGUAGAGCACGGUCUUCCAAGCAGUUUAAGAACGGAGUGGUGUCGUGUGGAGAAACAUUUUGUGACGCAGAAAAAUGUGUGAAGCUGAAGAUAGACGGCAAAACGACCUACUCGUUGGAGCACAGUGCAGUUAUCGUAGUCACUCCUUCGUUGCCUUGCAACGUCUUUUCCAAACUCCAUGUAACUGCACACUUCGUCCAAGGAUCUCCAGCGCUCCCCUCGAGAGUCACUGGGUAUCGGCGUUUGUCUUCUUCAGCGGGAAGUCUAACAGGGUCGCAUCGUAUCUUACAGAUAAUGGUUCACGAGUUGUUUUUCGAGAUUGUACGAGAAAAGCAACAUGUAUUUUGCGACGCUAAAGACACUGCUCCUGUUUUAGAGUUGAAAAGGAUCGUGGAAGGUGUGUUAAAGAUUCCCGUCACCGAUCAGGUACUUGUCCGCUUACUUGAUGAUAGCACGACGAAUUUUCAACCUCUAGAUGACAAGAAAACGUUGGCAGAGAGUGGUUUCACUGUCAAUAACGCAAAGGCACAAACUCCCGCUAUGGUUGCACUAAUGUUUCGAGGAGAAUCUGCACCAGUUAUUGACGAGUUAUCCACUCCUCCCCCGGUACCUGAUGCAAUGAGAAACGAAGCGCACUCUCAGGAAUAA